CUCCACUAUAUUCAAUGCAUAAAACCAUAACAAUCAAAAUUUCAGAAUGGACGGUUACCUUACAGGAAUAGAUGCAACAGCUUACCGCCUAAGCUGCCUGAAAGAAUGCAGUGUCUUUGAAGUAGACUUCCCCAACCUCUCGCAAGUGAAAGCUGCUCUUAUACAAGAAGCUAUUAGAUCAGCAGAGCACCAGUAGAUUGCGAUAACAGCAAAGUCUUUGAUCAGAGUGGCUGGCGACAUUAAAGAUGGUGACAGAUUUGAGAAGCUCCAGAGGUCUGGGUUUGUUCCUGAGAGAGGGUUGCUUGAAAGUAUCCUAUAUUAACUUCCACAUCUCCAUGCCAUGCAGGUCCUUCAGUCUACAGCUGCAAACUGUGCCUCGACUCCAACGAUCCUCCGUGCCGACUUCAUGAACAAAUCCUCUGUCUCGCUCUACUGUUCCAUCUUCCAUUUUUACAGUGUCUGGCCAGAUCAUCUGUUGCCUACUCUUAGGUUUUCCAAUGUUAAGCUUUCACAGAUAGGCGAUCCUGAUGCCCAUUUUGGAUUGCUGCAUGAACACCAGAACCUGUUCAACAAGAUAAGGAACCUACCCAGAUCCCUGCAGACCCAUCCAGAGGAUGGAACACCCUGCUGGCGUUUGUAUCUAGUGGAAGCCUCACCUCAAGAGGAGGAAAUUGUAAUGAUUAUAGUUGGCAGCAGAGCUCUUUUUUUUUUGGACAAUAAAGAUAGCUUCUUUCCUCAGCGUGCCAUGAUUCACUGA